AGGCUGAAGAGGCAAGAAAUGAAGAAGAAUGCCAUGGUAUGUUUCCACUGUAGAGAACCUGGCCAUGGUGUUGCUGAUUGUCCUGCAGUACUUGAAAGUCAAGAUAUGGGUACAGGAAUCUGUUACCGAUGUGGAUCCACAGAGCACGACAUCAGCAAAUGCAAAGCAAAGAUAGAUCCAGCAAUUGGGCCAUUUCCAUAUGCAAAAUGUUUCAUCUGUGGUGAGAUGGGGCAUCUGUCAAGGUCAUGUCCAGAUAAUCCCAAAGGUUUAUAUGCUGAAGGUGGUGGCUGCAAACUUUGUGGUUCUGUGGAGCACUUCCGAAAAGACUGUCCAGUAAAACAGAAUGGAGACCAGGUUACGGUUGGGCGAUGGGCCACUGGAAUGAGCGCAGAUUACGAAGAAAUCACAGAAGCACCAAAGCUGCAAAAAACAAAAGUGAAAGUAUCCAAAGUUGUGACUUUCUGA